ACCUCAGAGGCUUGUUUUUGUUGCCUCUAGGUUGGUUGGUUGAUCGAUCUCUGGAGGAUUUAUAUUUUUAUAACAAAAUCCACUUUGAUCCUUAAAAAUCUUGUUUUUUUUUUUUUAAUAUAAGAAACAACAAGCAGUUUUUCUUCUUUUCUUUUUUUUCUUCAUAAAAAAUGGCAGCAACAAUGGACUUUUGGAAUAAUUCAACCCAUUUCAUGGGAGAUGAGCUCAUGGAAGCACUUGAACCUUUUAUGAAAGGUGCUUCUUCUACUACUAGUAGUACUACUAGUACUACUACAUAUUCUUCUUCUUCUUCUGUUUUGUUGUCGACUUCUUCUCCAUUCCCUGCUAACUCUGCUGCCCCCCUCUUCUUCUCAUCAUCAUCAUCAUCAUCAUUAUUAUCAUCAUUUUAUGAACAACCCUACCCGACUGUUUCUGUUUCUGCAACCCAUAUUUAUUCUCAAGACUUCUCCUCCACCCAUCAAUAUCAUAUUAUGGACCACUCCGACGUUUCAUUUGCUUUCGAUUACCAAAACCCAUCUCAGAUUGGGCAACACUUGUCCGACCCAACUCUGGAAGCAGCAGCUCCAUUUGCAUUGUUACAGGAGCAGGAGCAGCAGCAGCAGAGCUACCUCGGGUUUUUGAGUAGUAGCAUGAAACCGGCGGCUAAGCUCUACAGAGGUGUUAGGCAAAGGCACUGGGGAAAAUGGGUGGCGGAGAUUCGUUUGCCCAAGAACCGGACCCGACUCUGGCUCGGCACUUUCGACACAGCCCAAGAGGCGGCUCUUGCUUACGACAAGGCGGCGUAUCAGCUAAGGGGAGAUCUUGCUAAGCUCAACUUUCCUCAUCUCCGGCACACUGGAUCUCACAUUUCCGGCGAAUUCGGCGACUACUACAAGCCACUUCACUCUGCCGUCGACGCCAAGCUCCGGGUAAUCUGCCAGAACUUGGCGGAGGGGAAGAGUCUUGAUGGAAAGAAAUUCAAACCUAAAAAAACCGUAAGCAAGAAGAAGACGUCGCUGCUGCUUCCUCCGCCAACGACGACCACGACGACAACGAAGAGGGAGGAAGAGGAAGAGGUUUCCGUUGUUGCCAAAGCUUCGUCGGAGGAGGAGGACUCAACCGGAACCGGAACCGGCACGGAUCCCGUAUUACCGGAAUUCACAAUGGAGGAAGAAUCGGAUUGGGAAAAUAUCAACACCACCACGACGUUCAACAAGUAUCCAUCAUUCGAGAUUGAUUGGGCCUCAAUACAGUAGUAAUAAUAAUAUUAACAGGGCACACCGCUGCAAUUGAAGUUUUUUUAUAAAUUGCCGGCCGGCCGCCUGCUUCUUUUUCUACAACAUUUAUUUAUUCUUGUGGGUAUUUUAGGGUUUAGUUUUCAAAGUUUCAUUCAAG